AUGGCGCGAAACCGCCUCAAGAAUCGCUUGACCAAAGGGGGCAAAUCGUCAAGCCUAGCGAAACAAUCAUCUACAGUCAGCGGACGCCAACGGAAAACCUACGAUGCUCUCGAGUACACGCGCAAUCGAAUGGGUCUGAAGCCUGUGAUCGAAACAAGGCCAGGCACCCACUCUGACCCAGAGCUUUCGUGGUGGCCUCGCCUGCGCCUCAUAUUCCGCGAGCCUCUUUUGGAGUUCUGGGGCGUGCUCGUGAUGAUGCUGCUCGGAGGAUCCGUCACAGCAGCCACUUAUCUCAGCAACUACCAGAGCGGAAAUUGGCUCACCAUUUGUUUUGGUUGGUCGGCAGCCAUGAUCUUCGGGAUAUACGUCGCUGGAGACUCGGGAGCAUACCUCAACCCGGCGAUUACCUUGACUAAUUGUCUCUUCCGGGGGUUGCCCCUGCGCCGCUGGCCUGUCUAUGCCGGCGCUCAGCUCCUUGGCGCUUUCUCUGCGGACACGGCCUUGUACAUCUCGGCUAUAGACCAAUACGAAGGGCACGCUAUCCGAACCAUUCCCCCAAGCCCAACAACAAGCGCAAAGAUCUUCUGCCAGUUUCCUCAACCAUUCGUGCCGAUAGGCAGCCAGAUAUUCUCGGAGUUCAUUGCCAACUUCUUCACUGUAUUCCUUAUUCUCGCAGUGAGAGAUGAGAAUGGCGCCGACUUGAAAGGCGGUGGCUUCUUCGUCAUCGCAUUCUUUUGGCUGAACUUCGCUGUUAUGGCUGCCUUCGGAUGGGAAACAGGAUCCCCGAUCAAUCCAGCUCGCGACCUCAUGGGGCGGACAUGGUUGGCGAUACUUGGCUACAAGAACGCAUGGUCAGCGUACAACUACUACUUCUGGAUCCCAGUAUUUGUCCCGUUCUUUGCAUGCUUCUUCGGUGCUCUCACCUACGACAUAUUCAUUUACACAGGAGAUAGCCCUCUCAACAAUGGUGCCUGGAGCUUCAGCAACCUUCGCAAAGGAGCGACGGAGAUGUGGGAUAACACCCUCGUCAGGUUCGGCAGAGCACCUCGAAGGCAUCAGUCAGAUGAGGAGAGCCUGGGUGCAAAGCAAGGCCAGGAUUUCCCGGCAUCCACUUCUAAUGCUGAGAAAGAAAGGCGCAAGUCAUCGAGCUCCAGUCUUCAAGACAACCACCCCGGAAGACCUGACAAAGACGAGAGAGAUGGCGACAAUCAAGCAAAUCAAAACAUGGGAAGCGAGUCACAUUCAAACGUUACAAACACGCGAAAGGGCGGGUAUCACGGCGAGAGGUGGGAAAAGACCGAAAAGACGUCUGAAAGCAGACAGGGCCAAGAGAGCGGAGACAAUCGAAAAGACCACCAUGACAAAAGCCAAGAGACGCAACAGCGCUCCGACGACACAGAGACCCAGAGAAAGGAAGACGAUCAAGAUCUCGAGGACAAGAAAGACAAGGAGACCGGUCACGAUGAACCCGCUCGUGACGCUGAAGAGAAUGACGCCGGGGAGGAGGUCGACGACCAUGGAAACAAGGAUUGA